GAUUGGGGAUAGGAAGAUUUUUGACUGUUUACAAUUGUUGCUGAACAAACAGAACAGCAGACAUUACUUUAGAAGUCCGUGCUGGAAUGCGCCUGCUAUUAUAACUUUCCCCUCGAGGGAGGCGGGGGGUUAAGGAGGAGGUCUGGAGGAGGACUCAGCUGGGACUCUCCUCUCUGCCCUCGGGAAACUGCAGAGCAGGUCACGGCGCCGGAGAUGGUCCUCCACAGAUGAGGUAUGUGGGGCCUCGGCGGAUCCCCCCUCCGCCCCAGAAUCCUGUUGCUCUCAAUCCCGCCGUUCCUCCUCGCUCUCCAGCUCCUUAUCAUCGGGUCCAGGCUUCCCAGAGCGGCGCGCGCGCGGAGCCGCCCGCAGGACCAAGACGGAGCGGUCGCCUUUUCCGUUCUCAGCAUCGAACCGGAGAGGAGCGAACGGCGGCGGGGAACUGCGGUUCGAGAGGAAGUCCGAGAGGAUCUAAGGGAUGCGGGACGAGUUUAUGUAGACGAGAACGAGAUGCACGAGCGCCAGAUCGGACCCGGGGAGUUGGAAGUGCAGCUGUGGGCAGCAGCCACACCAUCCUUUACAGCAGAGGUUAAUCGGAUCGUCACAUACAUCAACACUCCACAGCUGAAUUGCUCCAAGGUUUUAUCUCCAGAGCGGACUCUUGCAUCUUCAUCUCGCUGGAUGCUGUGUGCUGAGGAGUGGCUCCUUCCAGCUGCAGAUAGACUCUGUGUUGCAUAUUCGUUCAGUAUGGAUGGAGGAGAUAAAGACUUUCUGGAGACCGUCUCAAGGCUUGGAUGUGAAAUCCACUGUUUUGAUCCCAGCAACUCCAAUGCAUCUGGUGGUUGCCAUGGUAACAGCUUGGCUAGUAACUGUGGUGACAGAGGCAGAGUCAGCAAGCACAAAAUGUGGCUGGAAUGGCGAGCUCAAAAGAGACGCGGGCGCAAGGCGCGAGGUGACCUGGGCCGCGCCUCCCGAACGCUGGCAAACAUCAUGGCAGCUUUGGGACAUCACACAGUAAGGGGCGCGCCAGCACUCAAGCAAGCGCACUCGCACACAGGAGAAGAGGAAAAAUUUAGAGAAAACACUGCCAAACAAACAUACCAUGGAGUCUUUUACCCCAGCAUACUCAGAAAGCUCUUUUACUUUGAUGUUGCCAUAGCAACAGGGCUCUGCGCCAUCUCUGGCUGCUAUAGCAACAGCUUCAGGGAAUCACGCAUGGGUUCCAACUUCGUCCUGCAGCCACAAGAGGGAGUAAGACACCUGCAGUUCAAGAAAGAAAGUUCUGAGGACGUUGUAAUGCUGGCAUGUUUGUUUAUUGUACUCUUUAUUUAUGCAUUAGUAUAUAUAUGAAAAUGUCAUUUUUUUAUAGCAAAAAAAAAGUUCGUAUUUUGCUUGUGUUACAGCGUUCAUUUGUAGUUGUGUUGUGUGGCAGAAGUCGUUUAGAUCUUCAUGGCACAAUUCAAUAGAACUUUUAAAAAUUAAUUUUAUUCUCUUUAGGUCCAUUUUUUGUAUGCUGACCUCUUAAGUGCUGAGUGGCGAGUUUUCCAGAACUGGAUCGAGGCAGGAACCCUUCAGCAUGUCCGUCAUCUGGUUGCCACCAUACAUUUGCACUGGGCAGGGUUUGAAGUGGGAGGAUCAGAUGAGGAGGUCCUUCGCUAUUGGUACAGUGUUCUUUGGGGUCUUCAAGCUUCUGGACUCAAGUUGGUUCACAGCUCUGCGGGGGAGAGCCAUGCUGUCUUGAAACAGGCAGUAGCAAAUGCUUACAGCUCCUAUACACUCAGCUGGGUCAACACGCAUCACUGAGACUCAUUCAUGCACUGAUAUGAAGUUGUGCAAACUUGCAGGUUAUGUCAAGGCAGAAUAGAAAGGUUGCAGAUGAAGUUGCUUGCUUUUUUUCUGUAAUCCACAUAAUCUCACAUUAUACCUCCCUCUAGUGGACAUAAAGUGAUUUGCAUUACUUUAAGCAAUCCAGUGUGGAGAAUUGGACAAUGUCAUCAUGUUUAAUUGUAGAAGGACAUUCUGCUAAAUUAAGUAAAAGGAAAAUACUAUAUUGCCAAAGUAAAAAUUACUUUUUUGUCUGACUUGCAAUGCCAAAAGUACCAGGAAGUUCUUGACAAUUCUUUCUUCUUUCUUUUGGCAAAUACAGAUUUUUAUUUGAAUUAUACACAGUGGAAGCUCUUUUGUUUUAAUUUUGAUCAACCUGUUCAUGUAACGCAGAUUAUUCAUAGAAUUUAAUUUAUUUGUGUGCAUCUUUGUCCAUUUUUCAUGUGUAGUAAAUCUAAAACAGUGGAAAACCUGGUUGUUAUUGACUCCUACUGCUUGUAGGAGAAAUGUUCAAAUUUAACUGGGGCAUUUUUGCUCAGUUUUAUGCUUCAUAACUGGGAAGAAAGCCCCAAAAAACAUGCAUGAGAUAUGCAGUCAUACCACAAUAAAAACCAGAUGCCAACAGACAGCCUGUCCUUGUUUGUCCUCUGAAAAUAUA